GUUAACAAACUUGCAAUGAGAGCGAAUGUGGGUGGGCUAAAUAGCAGGCGAGCACAUUUUUUUCUGAGUAUAGUGUAUGGCGUAAAAUUAGGUUGUUUUGCGGCGGCAAGCGUUAAAAGGCUCUUUGUUGAAGUGGAAAGUUUGCGUGUUUUCAUUCAGUCUUUUCAGCUUGUGAAUAAGUUGUUUGAUUUUUUUCAAGCUGCCGGUGUCUGCUCAACGGAAAUGAGUGGCGGAGUUUAUGGAGGGGGCAGAUUUCCCCACAGCUAUUGGAGUUGUAGUGGACCGGGAUGAUGGGAGCACACCCAUGGAAAUUGAUGGUGAUAAAGGAAAGCAAGGUGGACCUACUUACUACAUUGACACAAAUGCACUGAGAGUUCCUAGGGAGAAUAUGGAAGUCAUCUCUCCAUUAAAAAAUGGAAUGAUUGAAGACUGGGACAGUUUCCAAGCUAUUUUAGAUCACACAUACAAGAUGCAUAUAAAAUCAGAAGCAGGUUUGCAUCCUGUUCUCAUGUCAGAAGCACCUUGGAAUACUCGGGCAAAGAGAGAAAAGUUGACUGAAUUGAUGUUUGAACAUUACAACAUUCCUGCAUUUUUCCUGUGUAAAACUGCAGUGCUCACUGCUUUUGCUAAUGGGCGGUCUACUGGGCUGGUAUUGGACAGUGGUGCUACCCAUACUACAGCUAUUCCAGUGCAUGAUGGAUAUGUACUUCAGCAAGGUAUUGUAAAAUCACCCCUUGCAGGAGAUUUCAUCAGUAUGCAGUGCAGAGAAUUGUUUCAGGAAAUGAAUGUUGAAAUAUUUCCUCCGUAUAUGAUUGCAUCAAAGGAAGCUGUACGUGAAGGAUCACCAGCCAAUUGGAAGAAGAAAGAAAAAUUACCCCAAAUCACACGGUCUUGGCAUAACUACAUGUGUAAUGCAGUAAUUCAAGAUUUCCAGGCAUCUGUACUUCAGGUGUCAGAUUCUCCAUAUGAUGAGCAGGUAGCAGCACAGAUGCCUACAGUCCAUUAUGAAUUUCCGAAUGGCUAUAACUGUGACUUUGGAGCAGAACGCCUGAAGAUUCCAGAAGGUUUGUUUGAUCCUUCAAAUGUAAAGGGUUUGUCUGGGAAUACAAUGCUUGGUGUUGGCCAUGUUGUUACUACAAGCGUUGGAAUGUGUGACAUAGAUGUUCGACCAGGUUUAUAUGGCAGUGUAAUUGUUGCAGGGGGGAACACGUUGUUACAAGGUUUCACAGACAGACUGAACAGAGAACUCUCACAAAAGACUCCUCCAAGUAUGAGAUUGAAGCUGAUAGUAAACAAUACAACUGUGGAACGUAGAUUUAGCUCUUGGAUUGGUGGCUCUAUAUUGGCUUCCCUGGGUACUUUCCAGCAGAUGUGGAUCUCAAAACAAGAGUAUGAAGAAGGUGGAAAGCAGUGUGUUGAAAGAAAAUGCCCGUGAAGUGCUCUUCAGAAAAAUGUACAUGUUGCCUUCUUCAGAAAUAACUAAAACGUAUUUAAGUGGUAUAUAUUAAUUCCACAUCAGUUUGCAGGAAUUGAAUGGACAUUUUCUGUAGAUUUUUUUUUAGUAUUUUUGUACUUUUUUUAAAUGUAGACUAUAAAUACUUGCAUUACAUGUAAGCAAUAUAAUUAAAAUGACCAGCUGGUCACAGUUAAAAA